AUGGGAGCUACCGAAGAUCCCCGCAGCCCUCCGCCUGAGAAGGUCGAGACUGAGAGCCAGCUGCAGUCGCCGGUGCCCAAUGACCUCCCCUUGCUCACUCGGACGACGGAGCGCAAGCUCAUGGCCAAAGUCGACUGGCACGUCGUUCCCUUUCUUUGCAUUAUGUAUCUGCUUGCCUUCCUGGACCGAGUGAAUAUCAGUAACGCCAAAGUCCUGGGUCUGGCGGAGGACCUCAAUAUCGUCGAGGGAACAAAAUACAACACGGCCUUGACCAUCUUCUUCGUCCCCUACAUUAUUUUUGAGAUACCUUCCAACAUCUUGCUGAAGAAAUUGAAGCCUCAUCUUUGGUGUAUGUGCUGA